UUCAAUUCUCGUUAUCCCCUUUCGAUUGAUCUCCUUUUCUAUCCCGGCUGUUGAUUUUAUGUGUUUCUAGGGUUAGGGUUCUUCAAUCUCUUCGAUCGAGCCCUUUUUCCCAUCAAUUUCUCAUGGGUUUUGGUUUUAUUGUCUACUCAUGUUGAUUUCUCCCUUUGGUUUGGUCUAAUUCUGUUAAAGUUUCUCGAUUCGUUUUCCUUCCAGGGGUUGUAUUUGUUCCGUAUGUUAGGGUUCGUUUCCAUCUGAAAUUAUUAGAGGUUUUCGGUUUUUUAAGUUGUGGCGUGAUUUUUCGGAGGAGGUCUCUGUCGUGAUUUUGUUGUUUUCUCAGCGAAAUCGGAAUUUAGGGUUAGGGCUUUAUUCAAAUUUUGGGGAUUCUCCAGGUAGUCAAAAUAAUUGGGGAAAACGCGCCUUUCCGUAGUGAAAUCAAAUUUAGUACGAAAGUAUCUGCCGUUCUCAUCUCAAUUGAGGCUUCCGGGGUAUAAAUUCAAGACAAUUUAGAGGUGUUAAAUGGGAUUUAAGCGGCCUUUUGAAGAUGAGGAGCUGCAACAACUUCCUUUCAAGAAUCAGAGACAAUUUGGCUAUAAUGACAAGCUGACUCGGUGUGCCGAUACUAUUCCUCAUAGUUAUAGUCCUUCAAAACCUCAUAUUUCAGUUGAAGUCGAGGGUGGAUUUUGUAAACACCAGUGGUAUGAAGAAUAUAAGACCGAUGCCCUGGAUGAUACUCAUUUGGUUGAUGAGGAUUCCGAGACUACUGCCCCCUUAUCUUUGGUCACUAGCACUUCUAUCGAGGAAGAUACAGGCACUGGUCUAGCAGCUGUUUCGCCUGAAUAUUUUGACUCUGGUUUCCAGCAAAGAACAUUUUCUCCUGUUGAGGAUGACUAUUAUUUACUCUUGGACCGGUUUCCUCGAAAACAAGUUCCACUUGGACCUAAUCAUCAAGCCACUGUUCCAUCAUGGGGUAGGCAUAUAAAGAAUAAUAAGUUUGCUCGGAAUGAUGACUCAGAAACGGAACAUAAUGACAGUGAAGAUAUUAGGAUGGGAACAUGUAUCAUUCCAAUGCCUGAGUCGGAUUUGUCUGCUAACCGAAGUGGGAAUGUUGUUGCUGGUAGAACUGAUUGUAGCUGCCUGGAUAGGGGCUCUUCAAGAUGUGUGCAACAGCAUGUUAUGGAGGCACGGAAACUAUUACUGGAAUCCCUUGGACAUGAAAAAUUUGUGAAACUGGGGUUUUAUAACAUGGGAGAGGAUGUAGCAUAUAAAUGGAGUGAAGAAGAUGAAGAGAUAUUUCAUGAGGUUGUUUACAAUAAUCCUGUAUCGUUGGGUAAGAAAUUUUGGAAUAAGUUGUCAGUGGGUUUCUCAUCACGAUCCAAGAGAGAGCUUGUCAGCUAUUAUUUCAAUGUCUUUAUCCUUCAGAGGCGAGCUAUUCAAAACAGAUCCAGUAGUCUGGACAUUGACAGCGAUGACGAUGAGUUUUAUGGAAAUCAACAGCCUUACAAAGUUCAAGCUAUAGAAGAUGAUGAAGACUCUGCUAUUGAAUCCCUUGCUGAUCAGGAAGAUAACAACAAUGAGGAUGGUGAUAGUGGCAACUCCUAUGGUGAUAAUGGUGUCGGAUAUUAUUGCAGUGCUGCAACAAGAGAGGAUUAUGGUAAAACCCUUUCGUUCAAAGGACAUGUUAGGAAGUCAUUUGAUGCUAGCAGGUUUGGUUCUGUUUUCCAACAAACGGACAAGGGUUUCGGAAUAAUGGAGGAUAUCAAUGUACAGGAUGACUCACUUAUGUCUUUCGAGUUUCAGCCAAACAUGAUUGACGCUCAUAAUCCGAUUGACACAAAGGCCAACUUGCAUGUUAGUGGAACGAAGAGCGACCUUAGCAAGUCUUUGCAUCAAGGUAAACUAGAUGAGUCAAGUGAUCUGGUGAACAAUGUUUAUUUAUUGGAUACAUGUGAUGCCAAAAUCUGGGACACUAGGUAUUCUACAUCUUCGACAAAAGGCAUCGAUCUCCAACCGACAUGCAACAUAAUCGAAGAAAUUUUCGGACAAGACACAUGAGAUAAAGAAACAGAUAGUUUGCUCUUCGAUUGUCCAGAAUCGUCUCAUUAGAUAAGGCCAAGGUUUUUUGUGCUUCAACAUUUUUUUCCUUGUAAAUUCUUCUGCCAAAUGUAUUUUGCGUCGGCAUGUUGGAAAAUUGAUGUUAAUGGUAUCCUUUUUGGCUUUUGUAUAUGAUAUUUGACUUUUAUACAAGGCUAGUGAUGGCUACCAUAAA